GCAGACAGGCAUCCAUCGCACUGCACAGCACAGCACAGCACAGAGCAGAGAAGAGCAAAGCAGACACAGCAAAGACAUACACACAACACAGAGGCCAAGACAAGGAUACAGACAUGGGACUCCUUAGCGUUGAAGAACUGGUGACAGGGAAGCGCUGUGAUGGCCAAGAUGACGGGGCUUGUGCUGACGUGUACGCGGUGGGGGUGGGCGAGUAUGAGGCAUCCAUUCACCAAGAGAAACAAGACGGUGUGCGCUCUCAGCCACCGCAGGGGAUUACCACAGGGACUGAUGCCACGCUGAACGAGCUCAACCUGAAAAUUGACAUCUCAGGCCAUCUGAAGCUGGAGACAGUGGACGACCUCUACAACAUCCUGCAGCUCAGGAAGAGAAGGAGACAGAGGAAGCCAAUCACACACAAAAAGGAGCCAGAACCUGAAGUAGUGCCAGAAGUAGUGGACGCAGACGCCUUCUUAAAAGCAGCCAUGGAAAACAAGCUACCGGUGAUCGAGAAAUACCUGGAGGACGGAGGAGACCCUAACACAAGUGACCAUUUCAACCGCUCUGCUCUGCACAAGGCCAGCUAUCGUGGCCAUCUGGAUGUAAUGAAGAGGCUGUUGGAGGCUGGGGCAUCUAUUGAGAUGAAAGACAAGUUGGAUGCCACAGCUGUGCACUGGGUUUGCCGAGGCGGUAGCUUGCCCGCCCUUGAACUGCUCCUGAACCAGGGGGGAAAACUCAACUCCAGGGAUAAGCUCCGCAGCACGCCCCUCCAUGUGGCAGUCAGGACAGGACACUACGAGUGUGCAGAGUACCUCAUACACUGCGGAGCCGACAUCAACGCUAAAGACAGAGAUGGUGACACACCGAUGCAUGACGCCGUCAGGAUAAACCGCUUCAAAAUGAUCAAGCUUCUGUUGAUGUAUGGGGCCAGUCUUAAAACUAAAAACAUGGAUGGAAAAUCACCAAUGGAGAGUCUUCUGGCCUGGCAAAGCGGAGCGAAAACCAUUCUGGUGAACGGUGUCAGUGAUGAGGGUGUGAAGUCAUCCAAGUGAUGGGAUAGGCUAUUCGGGACAAAGAGCAGCGUAGCGUUUAGUGUUACCAUCUCUGAGGUUGAGGAAGCGGGACAGGCCCCCUUACUAUAGCUUCCGCUCAACAAGCAGAGAGGAUUAGGCAAAGCAAAUUGGCUGGCCAAUUGUGGGGUAGUCACUUUUGAUAUUUCUAAUUUGCCUUGUGUUACUGAUAACAUUUGUAAAAUGUUGUCAGAUUUUUUGACAAACAGUGAGGGCAGAGGGAAAUGUUGAUGCUUUAAUGUACUGGCAAUCAGUGUGUAACUGCAAGAGCGACAGUUCAGCGACAGCCUGAGUGGGCAUUGCCCAGUUUAGGCCAAGGUUGCAAUAAUGGAAGUAUUUGACACUAUUCUACCCAACAAAGCCCAAAGGUAGUUAACUAAUUGCAAUAUCGUGAUCAAUCUUUUGCAACAAAAAAGAGAGUCACCAUUAUUGUGUCAGCAACAUAUUUGGCUGGUCAGUUUAACAACGUGGAAUACAAAUUGGAUUUGUUUUUCAGUUACAAUGUUGGGCAUAGUUGGGCAUAGUUGCUACACUUGGUCUUCCUAGGGCAGUAUUGAUAAUGAUACAAUUUGCCUGGAUGAGAGAAAAUGUAUGUUGUCUAUGGCUUGAGGAGGUACUGUGGCGGCAGGAUUACUG